CCCUGUAUCUCGACUAGAUGAUCUAGGGUUAUGAGCCGCUUUUAAAAAACUAUUCACUUUAUGUUUUACCUUUAUACUUUACAGAUCGAAAAUGAAGGCGACGCAGAUUAUUGCAUUAUUUCUACCUGUUGUAUUAAGUUAUCAAAAUGAUGAUAAAAUAUGUUCAGAUGAGUUUAUAGACCUUAUAAAUAAUCAACAUAGCACAUGGGUUGCCCAUGAUAAUUUUGAUAAAAAUACUUCCAUCGAAGACAUACAGAAAUUACUAGGUGCAAAAAUAAGGGAACCAAAUUUAAGAUAUGCUAAGGCAUUUAAACACAGUGAAAACAUUCAAGUUCCCAAUUCUUUCGACGCGAGAGAUCACUGGAAAGAGUGUUCGGAUGUUAUCAGCACAAUUGUAGAUCAAUCAGGUUGUGGAUCUUGCUGGGCUGUGGCUGCAGCUUCCGCAAUGAGUGACAGACGAUGUAUAGCAUCGAAUGGAAAACUGAAAAUUCCAGUUUCUGCUGAGGAUCUAACGUCUUGUUGUUCUUCCUGUGGAGAAGGGUGCGGUGGAGGAGAUCCAGAAAAGGCAUGGGAAUAUUGGCAAGAGACAGGAAUUUCUACAGGAGGUCUUUAUGGCAGCAACCAGGGUUGUAGACCGUAUUCGUUAUUUCCAUGUAGUACGUCAUGUAAUAUCAAGUACGACACACCAGCUUGCAAACACAAAUGUGACAAUCCCGAACUCAAUUAUACUUCAGAAUUAACUUUUGGUGAAGGUUCGGUAAAUUACUUCAAUUCAGUAGAGGACAUUAAAAAGGAAAUAUUGACGAAUGGCCCAGUGGAAGCAAGUUUCGCGGUGUAUAGAGACUUCUUUUGUUACAAAACAGGUGUUUAUCAACAUGUUGCUGGCGAUUUACAAAAUGGUCAUGCUGUAAGAGUUUUAGGCUGGGGAGAAGAAAAUGGAACUCCCUAUUGGCUGGUAGCUAAUUCAUGGAAUACACUUUGGGGUGACAAAGGGUUGUUUAAAAUAAUAUUAGGAAAAAAUGAAGGAGGCUUCGAGGACAGCAUGGUUGCAGCACUUCCGAAAAUAUAGUUACACCAA